UGGUGUCAAAAUGUAGAGAAGACCUGCCCCUACAACCUAACAAAGCCGGAUUUUUGAAAAAAAAAAAUUAAUUUUUUUAGACAGUUUUUUCGAAAAACCUAGAUCAAUUUUUUAGAAAACUCGAGUUUUUUGUAAACAAAUAAAUUGAAAACAAAAAUUCUGGCUUUGUUAGGUUGUAGCACUGAUAUUUACCUUCAUUUUAAAACCUUCCCGAGCAUUCUAACAUUUAAAAUGGCGGAGAAAUCUUUGACACAGUCAAAGAAAACGAAAAAAAACAGUUUCGAGAAAAACACAAAACAAUUUUUUCUUUGAUUAUCGCGAUUUUUUCGUUUAAAAAUGGUAGUGAAUAAACAAGAAGGCAGUUUAUUAUAGGUUAUCGACUAUGGCGAAUCGUAUGAGCACAUGGAGAGAUAUGUGUGACGUAGUUUUUUUUACGUGUACGCGUUGGUCUCACGAAAAACCAUCAAAAACCACUGGUUUUUGAAAAAAUCUAUAAAAUUACUUGAAUUUAAUAUGUAUAAUGAAACUAGUGUUUUGAAUCAGAUAUUACGAAACAAAACAUUCAAUUUUCUGUUGCCGAGUAGGCAAAAGAAAAUUAAUGACUUAUUCUUGUGGUUAUUGUAUAAAAAAACAUACAACGAAAUUCGCGGGUUCAUGCUCAGUCAUCACCACCUGGCUCGUAAGCAUCAUCCUCUUCAGUUUCACCUUCUUCACUCUCUAUUGAUUUCAAUAACUGAAGUUUUCGAAAAAAAACAUUUUUGAUGUAGGGGUCUUCAGAAAAGCCGUUGUAAAACCCUCAAAACCCAUCGAAAAACCAAUAAAUUAUAGUGCAUUCGAAAGUAGAGAUAAUGGGCUAUCUUACUAUGUAUAAAUCUAAAAACCGAUAUUUUUGUCGAAAAUUCCUUUUUUUUUAGGGGUGGGGGGCCCUUAACAGAAGGAUUUUUGUUUUAAAUGUACAUCUGUUACCAACACAUUAGUUGCUUUAACGCAAUCAGUUUUUAUUUUAUUAUUAACAAGACUAAGUCAACAUUUAUAUUUUUUUAAGGGAAAACAUGAAGAAUUUAGUCUUGCAUUUGCUGGUAUAACUGUUCAUGAUAUGUUCAAUUGGUUAAAAGUACUUAUUUUAUUAUCAAUUGAAAUAAUUUCGAAUAUGAUAUAUCAUUUAACUAAUUCAAUAACAAAAUCAAUAAAUUUUAAAAAAAAUACAAAUUCUAAUUCAGAAUUUCUUACUGUUAUAAGAAAACCAUUAACUGAACGAAUUGUUCAACUUGAUAAUGAAGCAAUUGAAAGUAUAGCAUUGGGUAAUGCUAGUCCAAAUAUAUCUUUACUAAAACGAUAUUGUUCAUUUUAA